CCUUUGCCCCCCCCGCCCCGUGACCUGCCAAGAUGGCGCUGUCCAGGGCCGGUUGCUGCGGGGCCUUCUGGCGCCUCGGGCCUGGGCCCGGCCCCGCCACCGGCCUGAGCCGCGCCCGGGGGCUGCUGGAGCCGCGCCCCGCACGGGGGGCGCUGAGGUCCCCGGCGUUUCGCCUCUCCACGGGCUCCAGGUCUGUCCUCGCCGCCCUGGCGUCCAAAGUGAAACGCAUCAACGGGAGAUACGAGAGGUUUUUGGAAAGGACCUUCCCCCGUUUCUACGUGCUGUACGCGACUUUCACCAAAGGAAUCCAAGCGCUCUUCGUGGAAGUAAAAGAAAUAAGAAAAAUCAAAUCUAAAAUGUCCUGUCAGAGACUGAGCGUUCAGCAACUUCCCUACCGGGAGAUGGAGAGGCUGCGGCAGUUUCGCAGGGACGUGAUCAAGGCCAUUCCCAUCGGAAUUAUCGCCAUCCCGCCCUUCGCCAACUUCUUGGUCAUCGUCCUGAUGUAUUUCUUCCCACGCCAGCUCCUGAUCCGUUACUUCUGGACCCCCAACCAGCAGAUUGAAUUCCUGGACGCCUAUGACGCCAUCCGGCGAGACUUGUAUCCGGAUGUAGUGAAGAGUUUAGCCCUGGCAGCGCGUUCCCUGCCCGAGCCGCAGCUCCAAAAACGCCUGCAGGAGCUCUGCGCCGAGGUGCAGCGAGGUUCCCAGCCACGCGUGGCCGAGCUCUACGCCGUGAGACAUUUGUUUUCGGGAUCUCCGCUGGGUCUGAACAAGCUCCGGGUGUCUCACGUGAAAGCCCUGAGCCAGGUCCUGUUUCUGACCCCUCACUUGCCGGCCUUUUUCCUGAGGCGUCGCCUGCGGAGCCACGUCUUGGAGAUCCGGCACCUGGACCGCGCCAUGCUGCGCCUGGGCUUGGGCCAGCUGUCCGAGGAGGAGCUGAAAGCGGCUUGUUACCUCCGUGGCCUGAACUCCACUCACCUCGGCAUGUCCGAGUGCCGAGCGUGGCUGGAGCAGUGGCUGGGGCUCUCCUGCAAGCUGCAAGCUUCCGAAGCUUCCCUCCUGGCAAACAGCAUGGUCCUGCUGUCCCUCAACUACGUCAGGGCCAAGGAGUGACGGCCGAGCCGCCGGCUGCGCACCCUCACCCCUGGCAUCGCGCGCCGACUUGGUGAUUUCCCAGCCUGGUGCCGCAAAAAAAAAAAAAAAACCCAAAACCAAACCCCAACAACAACCCGCCUUUCGGUGAUGCGAAACCAGAGCCCGGAGUCAACGAGAGGAGCCCCGACGCUGCCGCGGGGGCGAAGACGUGAUUCCCUCCCUCCCGCGCCGGAGAUUCGUGCCGACGCCGGCUCUUCUCUUCCCCUUCGUGCAGUCGGAGCGGGCUGACGAUGCCGCGGGGCUGAGCCCCGUCCCUUCGCUGUUACGGCUUUUAAACUGCGUCACUUUAAUUACGGGAGGCGAGAACGAACGUCUCCGCUGCCUGUGGACGCUUCCCUUAGUAUCUCGUAGUAGCGGGCUCCGUUCAGCUUGGGUUUUGCUGCUCUGUGCCUCACCUGGAGAGUUUUUACUUAGUUUCUUUACACCACUGAGCAGUCUUAAAUAUAAAAAUUUCCCUGAGGGGUUAAGAAAAGACCCCAAAUCCCCGGGUGACCUUACCCGGAGCCUCAGGGGGGGUUCUUGGGUUUUUGUUCGGCUGCGUCCCGGAGCGUCCCCAUCCCGGCCGCUGGCCCGGGGAGCCCUCGCUGGUUGACGGAGGGAUGUUGCCAGGGCUGGAAACGCCGCUGCCGACACAAAUGGGGUUAGAAAGAUGGCGCUGAACUGCACCGAUUCCUUCAGCGGAGGCCACGGGGCCGCGCGUUCGUCAAGUUCUCCGCCUAAUUAGAUCUUAGCCCUGCGUUUUCUGCUCGGCGGAGGCGGCUCUGGGGGGGGGGGGAGCCGAACCCCACCGUGUCUCACCUCGUCCCGUCACUGCAUGAGAAACCUCCCGCUGUCGAGUGAAUUUAAACCAACUUGAAGUGUUUUAUUAAAGACAAAAGCAAGCGAA